UGGUGGAAGAUUAAAAAUGAGGAGUAAAUGAGUUAAAUAUGAGUUAAGUAUGAUUUGUGGCCGCCACCGUAGCUGAGAAAAACAGCAAUAAACAAACCAUUUACUUGUACUCCUUACUCUCAACCAAGUCUACGGUGAGAGAGAGAGAGAGAUGGAUGAGGGAUUGGUGAGGAAGGAGGAGAGAGGAAGAAGAUGGGGAGAGAUAUUGGAGGAGAUGAAGAGAUUAUGUUAUUUAGCAGGGCCGAUGGUGGCUGUCACUCUUUCAUUCUUCUUGCUCAAUGUCAUUUCAUUGAUGAUGGUCGGCCACUUAGGGGAACUCCCUCUUUCCAGCACCGCCAUAGCCAUUUCUUUUGCUGGCGUCACUGGCUUCAGCGUCCUUUUAGGUAUGGCAAGUGCUCUAGAGACGAUCAGCGGGCAAGCUUUCGGAGCUAAGCAAUAUGAGAGGGUCGGAACUCAGACUUACACUGCCAUCGCCUCUCUGCUCUUGGUCUGCUUUCCCAUGUCUCUCCUGUGGAUAUACAUGGGAGACUUGCUCAAAUUGGUUGGCCAAGACCCUCAGAUUUCUCACGAGGCCGGGAGGUUCUCAGUGUGCCUAAUCCCAGCUCUCUUUGGAUACGCAGCUCUCCAGCCCCUCAUUCGUUACUUCCAGAUGCAGAGCUUGAUCUGGCCCAUGCUCGUUAGCUCGUGCACCACCCUCUGCUUCCAUGUGCCCGUGUGUUGGGUGCUCGUCUACAAAACAGGGUUGGAGAAUCUCGGAGGUGCAGUCUCCAUUGGCCUCUCUAUGUGGUUGAAUGUCACCAUUUUAGGUCUGUAUAUGUGGUACUCGCCCGACUGCCAGAAAACAAGAGCUCCAAUCUCGUGUAUGAUAUUCGAGAUCAACGGGAUUAAGGAGUUCUUCCGCUUUGCAGUGCCUUCUGCUGUUAUGAUUUGUCUGGAGUGGUGGUCGUACGAGCUGAUGAUCUUGAUGUCGGGGCUAUUACCAAAUCCCCAACUUGAGAGCUCCGUACUGUCUGUGUGCCUAAACACUAUCUCAACGCUGUAUGCAAUACCGUUUGGAUUUGCUGGUGCAGCGAGUACUAGGAUUUCAAAUGAGCUGGGAGCCGGGAGGCCGGAGGGGGCCCAGCUCUCUGUCAGGGCGCUAAUGCUGCUUGCUGGUGUGUGCGCGUUGAGUAUAAGUUCAUGUGUGUUUGCUAGCCGGGAUGUUUUUGGAUACAUUUUCAGCAAUGAGAAGGAAGUCGUGGACUACGUUGCUUACAUGGCACCGCUUCUCUGUCUGUCUAUUAUAACGGACAAUCUCCAAGGAUGUCUUUCUGGGGUUGCUAGGGGAUGCGGGUGGCAGCACAUUGGCGCCUAUAUCAACCUUGCAUCGUUUUAUCUAUUCGGAAUCCCUAUCGCGAUUGCACUGACGUUUUGGUUUAAUUUUAGAGGGGUUGGCCUCUGGAUCGGGAUAUUAUCCGGUGCAACGCUUCAGACGAUUUUGCUCUCGCUAAUAACCAUUUUCACAAAUUGGGAGAAACAAGCUGCUAAAGCAAGAGAGAGGUUAUUCAAGGAGGAGAUUGCACUUCUUUCAUGAAGGAGGAAAGGGAAUUUAAAUUUUGUAAUAGUCAUAAUAAUACUAUCCCCAGGUUUGUUUGACAUUUGAAAUUUUAAGUGGAGUAUAUGUUUUUUUGAA